CAUGUUUCCGGGGGGAAAGGUUUCAAUGUAACACCACAACAUUGAGCUUUCAGACAGCACAGGUUUGUGAAUGAUUUUUUGAUUUAGCUUCUUAUGUUAUAUAACCUAAUUAUCUGGUUAUGUUAGGCACGUUUUUGACAGUACUUUGGGAUGUUAAAGUCUACGCUUUUAGGAAUCAACAUGUUUAUAAAGGGAUAGAACUGUGAAGGACAUCCAAAGCAUAGUUGGCUAGUCAGCUAGCUCUUGCCCAUCGCGCAACAACAACAACAAGUUGCUUCUGAUCAACUUUGUCGCUGAUCCACGCGCAUGGGUCAGAUGCGCAUAUGUAGAUAUCGUAGUGGCGACCGGACGCAUGCGCUUGGACCAGAGCUAGUGUCGGUCUACCUCAGUUAGCACAGAGACAGAGGACUAUAUGGACUGGUAGCUGCACACGUACGACCUAGCCACCAACUCUGGUCAACUGUUUUACAGUUCAAUAACAGUGUUGAUUCCUCUCUCCUCUCUGUUCCUCUCCCUUGCUCUUCCUCUCCCUCUCUCUCCCUCCUCUCCUUUUUGUUCCUCUCUCUCUCCCUCUUGUUUCCCUCCCUCCCUCCUUCUCUCCUACUUUCCCCUUGGUAGCAGCACCAUGGUUCUGUCUGCAGCCAGUCAGCACCUCCUUAGGGGCAGUAGGAUUGGUGCCCGGGGGGGCAGCUGCUCCUCAGGAGGAGUGGAUCUGUAUACACCACUGCCAAUGGGUUCCAGGAGAAGGAGAUCAGAGAGAAACUCCAAGCUUUCCCUGGGGGGGUCUAUAGACCUUGUCAAACAGGAGUCAGGCAUCGCAGUGCUCACCGUCAACAACCCUGCUCGCAUGAACGCUUUCUCUGGUAUUAGGAGCACUGUCCAACAUUAUAUUUUAUUAUUGAUCUGAGUGUUGCUCUUUGUUAACCUGCAAUUCAGACUAAAUAUCACUCCGAUUCUCUUUGGUUUCACUUCACCAAACGGAGCGAAAUAUAUUUAGUUUUGUAUUCCAACUCUUUGCUUCUCCUGAGAAUGAUUACAGUGGGGCUAAGGCGCUAGUGCUCAAUGAACUGGGUUGUGUUCAGUAGGGCACACUGUAGCAAAACUUUUGCAACAGAUGACUAAAAUGUGUUUAUUUGGAUCCCCAAUAGCUUUUGCAGAAGCAGCAGCUGCUCUUCCUGGGGUCCACAAAAAACACAAAACAUGACAAGUAACAAAACACUGAUACACAAGGACUUAAAAUACAACAUAUACAAACCACAAAACGUUUAAAAAUACAACAAAAUAAUGUGUGUUUGUGUAUGUCCCCUCACAGUCCCCGUUGUUCCAUGAGAUGUUGUUUAAUCUGUUAUUUAAAGGAAAUUUUGCUGUUCGCUUGAGUAAUUGGAGAUAGAAGUUCCAUGCAAUCAUGGCUCUGUAUAAUACUGUACGUUUGUGGUCCUCUGUAGCUCAGCUGAUAGAGCACGGCGCUUGUAACGUCAAGGUAGUGGGUUCGAUCCCCGGGACCACCCAUACACAAAAAAAAAAUGUAUGCACACAUGACUGUAAGUCGCUUUGGUAAAAAAGCGUCUGCUAAAUGGCAUAUUAUUAUAAUGAUUUACGUUGCUGUGAAUUCAUUUUGGACUUGUGGACUGUGAAGAGACCCCUGGUGGCAUGUCUUGUGGGGUAUGUAGGGGUGACUAUGUGGAAUUUCCAUCACAGUAAUAUUUCUCAUGAAAACUAGAAGAGCAGCAGUUAAUCUCUCGUCAACACUCAACCUCAUAUUGAACAUGUUCAGGUUGUACCUCCCUCUGUUUUACUCAGGUUCAAAACGUUUUCUCCCAACUGAACACUACCCUGUUUUCUCCAGGUUCUAUGAUGGUGGAGCUGGAGAAGAGGAUGUCCCAGCUAGAGGAGUGGACGGAGGGGAAAGGUCUCAUCAUCCAGGGGGCUGCUGGGACAUUCUGCUCUGGGGCAGACCUCAACGCUGUCAGGGCUAUAUCCAACCCUCAGGUCAGACCUCAAUGUUGUCAGAGACAUACAGUGGCUUGCGAAAGUAUUCACCCCCCAUGGCAUUUUUCCUAUGUUGUUGCCUUACAACCUGGAAUUAAAAUUGAUUUUUUGGGGGUUUGUAUCAUUUGAUUUACACAACAUGCCUACCACUUUGAAGAUGCCAAAUAUUUUUUUGUGUGAAACAAACAAGAAAUAAGAAAGCUUGAGCGUGCAUAACUAUUCACCCAUCCCCAAAGUCAAUACUUUGUAGAGCCACCUUUUGCAGCAAUUACAGCUGCAAGUCUCUUGGGGUAUGUCUCUAUAAGCUUGGCACAUCUAGCCACUGGGAUUUUUGCCCAUUCUUCAAGGCAAAACUGCUCCAGCUCCUUCAAGUUGGAUGGGUUCCGCUGGUGUACAGCAAUCUUUAAGUCAUACCACAGAUUCUCAAUUGGAUUGAGGUCUGGGCUUUCACUAGGCCAUUCCAAGACAUUUAAAUGUUUCCCCUUAAACCACUCAAGUGUCGCUUUAGCAGUAUGCUUAGGGUCAUUGUCCUGCUGGAAGGUGAACCUCUGUCCCAAAUCUCUGGAAGACAAACAGGUUUCCCCUCAAUAAUUUCCCUGUAUUUAGCACCAUCCAUCAUUCCUUCAAUUCUGACCAGUUUCCCAGUCCCUGCCAAUGAAAAACAUGGUGUUCUCGGGGUGAUGAGAGGUGUUGGGUUUGCGCCAGACAUAGCGUUUUCCUUGAUGGCCAAAAAGCUCAAUUUUAGUCUCAUCUGACCAGAGUACCUUCUUCCAUAUGUUUGGGGAAUCUCCAACAUGGCUUUUGGCGAACACCAAACGUGUUUGCUUAUUUUUUUCUUUAAGCAAUGGCUUUUUUCAGGCCACUCUUCCGUAAAGCCCAGCUCUGUGGAGUGUACGGCUUAAAGUGGUCCUAUGGACAGAUACUCCAUUCUCCGCUGUGGAGCUUUGCAGAUCCUUCAGGGUUAUUUUUGGUCUCUGUUUGGAUAGCUCCUUGGUCUUCAUGGUGCCCCUUGCUUAGUGGUGUUGCAGACUCUGGGGCCUUUCAGAACAGGUGUAUAUAUACUGAGAUCAUGUGACACUUAGAUUGCACACAGGUGGACUUUAACUAAUUAUGUGACUUCUGAAGGUAAUUGGUUGCACCAGAUCUUAUUUAGGAGCUUCAUAGCAAAGGGGGUGAAUACAUAUGCACGCACCACUUUUCCGUUAUUUUUUUUUUGAAACAAAUAAUUUUUUCCAUUUCACUUCACCAAUUUGGACUAUUUUGUGUAUGUCCAUUACAUGAAAUCCAAAUAAAAAUCAAUUUAAAUUACAGGUUGUAAUGCAACAAAAUAGGAAAAAUGCCAAGGGGGAUGAAUACUUUUGCAAGGCACUGUAUCCAACCUUCAGGUCAGACCUCAAUGUUGUCAGAGCCAUAUUCAAGCCUCAAAACAGACCUCAGUUGUCAGAGAUAUAUCCAACCCUCAGGUCAGUCUCUCUGAACUAUCUCUUUCUUCCUCUCUGAAAGACCUAUAGAAAACUCAGUGAACUGUUUUUAUUCAGUCACAUUGUAUUGGGGCACUCCUACUUCCAUCCAAUCUGACUUUCUAAACCACGUGUGAAACUCUUUCCACGGAGGGCCGAGUGGCUGGGGGUUUUCACUCCUCCCUUGUACUUGUUGAUGAAUUAAGAUCACUAAUUAGUAAGGAACUCCCCUCACCUGGUUGUCCAGGUCUUAGUAAGGAACUCCCCUCACCUGGUUGUCCAGGUCUUAGUAAGGAACUCCCCUCACCUGGUUGUCUAGGGCUUAGUAAGGAACUCCCCUCACCUGGUUGUCUAGGUCUUAACUGAAAGGAAAAACCCCAAAACCAGCAGACACUAGGCCAGGGUUCUUCAAUUCCGGUCCUGGAGGGCCGAAACACUUCUACCUGGUAGUUAAUUGCACUCACCUGGUGUCCCAGGUCUGAAUUAGCCCCUGAUUAGAAGGAGAGGAUGAAAAACAGAGCUGUUUCGGCCCUCCAGGACCGGAAUUGAAGAACCCUGCACUAGGCCCUCCAUGGAAUGAGUUUGACACCCCCCCCCAUGGUGUAAACGAUGCGUCUUGCCUUUCAGGAUGGGAUGAAGAUGUUCAUGCAGAAUAUCCUGACCAGGCUACUGAGGUAGGACACUACCCUCUGUGUUUAGAAAGUUCUAGAUCAGUGCGUCAUGCCAGAUGCUCUGUGCCAAUGCUGAGCCAUGUGUUCUCUGUGCAGGCUGCCUCUGUUCUCCGUAGCUCUGAUGGAGGGGAGAGCGCUGGGAGGAGGGGGAGAGCGCUGGGAGGAGGGGGAGAGCUCACUACUGCCUGUGACUUUAGGUACAGUAACGGAACUCAUUUUCCACAGAUGGCACCGUUGCUAUGGGUUUAUUAAACUGGAGGCCCACAUCCAGAUAGUGGAGAAAAAGGAGGGUGCACAUAAAAAAAUGACUUUUCAAGAAAUAUCUGAGCAACAGAAUCCACCAGGUUUCCAAUCUCUAAACCAACAUCACGGUCUCUCUCCCCGCUAGGUUGAUGGCGCCAGGCAGUGUGAUCCAGUUUGUCCAUAAACACAUGGGUCUGGUCCCUGGUUGGGGCGGUGCAGCUAGAACGCCC